AAUGUGUGAUUGUGGUCCAUAGAUAGAUUAAUAACAUCUGAACAUUCUGAAGGCAGUGGGAACAGAAACAAAGAGGGUCGAUCGUUGAUUGUUUAUGAAGUGAUUUUGAAAAAAAGCAGCAUUUAAUGUUAGCAAUAUUAUUGUGACGUUAAACAAUAAAUAGAUUUAUUUACGAACAUUCUUGAAGCCAUGCAAAGGUUAAAACUGUGCUAACAGAUUAUCUAUGAGUUCAUUUAUUGUGUAAAAUACAGUUGGAUAGUCCUAUCAUUCAAUGGCAAAGGAGGAUGAAAACGAGGAUGUCCUUCCUGAUAAGGAUGCAGCAAAAGAAUUUUAUGCCAAGUAUGAACCAAAGGAGAUCUUGGGUAGGGGUAUCAGUUCUACAGUUAGAAGAUGUAUUGAGAAAGAGACUGGAGUGGAAUUUGCAGCAAAGAUUAUUGACUUGAGUGCCGAUGGUGACAAUAAAUCUGCGACGAUGGAAGAAGUUAGAAUACUGAGAGUGGUAGCUGGACAUCCGUACAUAAUCCAGCUUCAUGACGUUUUCGAAUCCAGUACAUUCAUCUUCCUUGUAUUCGAACUGUGCAAACAUGGAGAAUUGUUCGACUACCUCACCUCAGUUGUUACACUAUCCGAGAAGAAGACAAGGUACAUAAUGAGGCAGUUGUUGGAGGCAUUAAGCCACGUGCACAGCCAUGACAUUGUCCAUCGAGAUUUAAAACCGGAAAAUAUUUUGCUUGAUGACGCAAUGAAUGUAAAAUUGACAGAUUUUGGGUUCGCUCGCAUUCUUAAGCAAGGUGAAAUGUUGCAUGAUCUCUGUGGAACACCUGGGUACUUGGCUCCUGAAGUAUUGAAAUCCAACAUGUUUGAGAACUCGCCAGGUUACGGUCAAGCUGUUGACAUGUGGGCCUGUGGAGUCAUCAUGUACACAUUACUGGUCGGAUGCCCUCCAUUUUGGCACCGGAAGCAGAUGGUAAUGUUGCGGAACAUCAUGGAUGGCAAAUAUUCCUUCACCUCCCCAGAAUGGUCGGAUAUCACAGAGGAGCCGAAGGAUUUGAUAAGAAAGUUGCUGGUGGUCAAUCCUGCAGAGAGGCUUACUGUCAGGGAAGCUCUCCAACACCCAUUCUUCCAACUUGUGCUAUGGGACCAGGACAUUGCGCCUCUCAAGAAGAGUUUGGGCACCAGUUCCCGGCGGCUGAGCCGUAUCUCUCAACUUGCGAUGGAGUUGAAAGCCUCUUCAUUUGAUGCCCGCAAAAAGUUUCACUUUGCUAUUCUGGUGGUGCGAGCUAUGGUGAGAAUCAGUCGCCUGAGGUACACUCCUGAACCUCUGUCUGUCGAAUCCAGCCGUGGAGACCCCUACAAGAUCAAAGUGCUGAGAAAAGUGAUAGACGCCUGUGCCUUCCGAGUGUAUGGUCACUGGGUGAAGAAAGGAGAAGGGCAGAACCGAGCGGCUCUCUUUGAGAAUACACCAAAAGUUGAACUCAAAAAUCUCUAUAUGAGCAAUCUGAGUCCUUAAAAAUAUAUAAUAAAACAUUAAAGGUGGCCUACACUAGCGAAGCUCCUCUCCCCGACCUCAUCUAUGCCUGUGUUCUUAGCUUUCUCCACAAUUACAAUUAUUUUAAAAUAAUGACUGAUAUCGUAAAGUUAGGGCAUGUGUUGCCUAUCCCGUGUUUGAUACCUUAAAAACAAAUUUUUGCGAAACAUAGUUUUGAGAUUACUAAUUGCAUGUGAACGUAAAAUGUUAUAGCAUUGUGUAAAUAUAUUAAGUUAUUGAUGAUUA